CCUGUUCCUCCAACCAGCCCAGCACCUUCUCACUUUCCCUGAACAGUACUUGUUGCUCUUCCUCCGCCUCCCACGCCGCCACCUCCCGAACCUCAAUCCGCACCCCAAACAACCCCACCACACCCAUGUCCGCCUCCGCAGGCCCCAUAUCGCCCGCGCGCUUCGCCGCCGCCCUCGAGUCCCUCUCCGUCUCCUCGCUCCACGCCAAAGCCGCCGAGCUGCGGAACAGCAUCGCGCACCUGGAAAAGAGCAACGCCGAGCUGGAAGAAUACGUCCAACAGGACCAGGACAAGGACCUUUACGAGGCAAUACUGGAGAACCGGGAGGUGAUCAAGCGGAUGGAGGAGCGGAUCGAGCUUGUGAAGAAGGAAGUGACCGAGGUGAGGUGUCUGCCGUGGGCGCCGGAAGAGGCAGGGGCGUCAGAACUCGGGGAGCGAGAGAGUGGUGGGGUGGGCAGGCCGACGAACGGGGUCAUCAGCGGAGGCGACGGUGCUGUCGCGCCGGAACCGACGAAUGGGGCUGGAACAGCGGGUGAUGGCGAGGAAGAGGGUGUUUUCUUGUGAGAGCUUCGAGCUAGAGAAGAUACUGACGGGCCUCUUACCGCCUGGGACUGCGCGAACGCGCAACGAGGUCGAGACUAUAUACCACACGCACACCAGAUCCACCACCAACAUCCGCCUGAUCUUCAUUAGCGGCAUCCGCCGGACAAUAGCCACGCGGACUGCACCCAGACACCAUGCAGGUGGUAUCCCGACUGCGACCUCUAUCGAGCCAUUACUGGUCGAGAACCCUCCAACUUUCCGACACAAUGUAUACACCCGACAGACGACUCCCUAAAGACCUCAUGGUCUGAUUCGUCGCAUUGUCCGAAAAUCGAAUCAGCACCAUGUGUGAGCGCGCGCAAAACAUGACCGUCGGCGCACCCCGCUGUCAUGUUUCCGGAGGUCAACCCACGCGGGUGACUACGAGACGCUCCAUGGACGCCACCACCCCGAGGUCUCUCACUAUCUGCGGAGAUACCA